AUGGAGAUAGUAAAGGGAGGAGUUAACGGUAAGUACCAUGAAACAUGUGGGGAUUAGCCUCUGUUUGAAUAUGGAAAUCCGGGAAAAUCAACCACAAAAUGCAUACAAACAGACUUGAAACGGGGUAGGCGGAUAAGAAGGAGGUCGACUAAUCUCCCAACGUUUGCGGACAUUUCCUAUGAUUCGACUUCAAACUCAAUGAGCUAAAACGUUUUUUGGGUGCAGGGUGUAUCAAAAGUAUCGCAUGUGUUUUGACCGUUGAUGAUUGUGAUCUAAACAUCUCCAUUUCUAGGAUGAGGCUAAGCUGCGUGCUUACGCUCGUAGCUAUCUUGUCAAUCUAUCCUCUGGCUGAUGGAAUUCGACACCAGUCCGAGGUCAACUUGAACUUUGAACUGCACAAAGAGCCGGGCGAGAAAUACUACAGAGCCAAUAUAAAAGACGAAGAUGUUGUGGAUAUGUACCAAAAAUGGGUGGAUACGGGCCUCAGCUCGUUGAUGUCGGCUGUCGCUAAUCAUAAGUAAGUAGUCGUUUUAAUUUUAGUGUCUUAAAACAACCGUAUAUAUCCAAAUGAAGUUUUGCAGGCUAAAACGUCAGCGUCGAUCGAUAGUUCGAAAGUACGGAGAGUGCUCAUCAAGUGCUACUGAUAUUCCAAAGCACGCGAGAUGCCUAACAAAGCUUCUGAACAAUGAAAUCAAGACUGAAGUGAAGAAACGGCCGACUCAUCGGCUUCAGAAAUAUCAAAAAGAAACCAAAGGAUUUCUCACCGACUUCUCGGUAGAUGAACAAAUUUCGAGCUUGCCAAAAGAAAGGUCCAGAAGAUCUCCGAAGAUCAUAGCUUCCGAUUCUUACAAUCUAAAAGCCAAUAAGGAGGAAAUGACUCCUCUUGGACGGAUAGCCCAGGUCCUCAUGGAAUCUGUGAAGAAGAUCAAAGGCAAAUCGGAUAUCCCGCGAUGGCAAAACACAGUGGCCAAACUGAAGACAAAUGGCGCCAAGAGGAAAAAGUACAAAGAACUUAUUGAAAACGAUAGUGAAGAGAACCUGCAGAGUAUGAAUCUAGGGCUAUACAAAGAGAAGAUGGUCAAGAAAAAUCCAGCGUCUGAUGUGGACAUGGAGAAACUUCUGAAAGAUCCAGUGGAGUUAAAGAAGUUCAUCAAAAAGAAGAAGAUCCCAAAAACAAAAGAAGAUAAAAUUGUUGACAUGAUUAGAAGUGGGCUGAAGCUGAUGUACAGCUUGGCCGGCGAGAACACAACAAACUUCGAGGAGAGGAAUAUGAAGCUGGUCUCACCGAGAUUCCUGGGAGUUGUGCCGGAGGAGAAGAAGGAUGAUGAUGUAAGCGGUUGAUUUUUAGGUUGCUUAUUGUUUUUGAAAUUUCUUGUAGAACAAUCAAAUUGACUCGAAAGAAUUUCGUAGAUACCUAACGAAAAAUAGCGACUCAAAAAACCAGAAAACUGCGUAUUUUAGUCAACAAGGGAGAUAGCUCAAGUGCAACGCCCAGAUUUUCUUUAAAAUUUGCCCAUAUUUUGAGCGUAGACUACGUAUCAAUAACUGAAAAUUUGGCCUGUCUAUUGACAAGAACAGCCGAGAUAUUCAACAGUCUGUUUGACCGAGAGAGUACGCAAAACUCGGAGAGCGGCCAUGGAGAAAAACGCUUUUUCCUUUUUAGCCAUAUAAAAAUUUGAACGUCACAUUUGAGUUACUUCCCCUGUAAGUAAACUGGAUCAAUUACACUUUGCGAAUUAGCUUUUUGAAUCCUAUUUCCUAGAUCAUGCUGAGUAACAAUAUGUACUUUCAGAUCAGUCUGAUCUCCCCUUCACUGUUCUCCCUUCACGAUCAAGGCGAGGGAAUCGAAAACCUGACAAGUCUGCCCAAUCUGCUCAAGAGUUUCACGAGUAAAGACCAACAACUCUGGCUGGAUAUCAUUAUGGAAGCAGCCGGAGUGAACGAAGAAAGCGAGCGACUUGAGCAAAACCUUAUUGACAUUGAGUUGAACAAAACGCAAGCAUCCAUGACAAACAUUACAAAUCUAGUCGAUGAACAUGGGGUUCCCCUAUAUGCAACCAAAGAAAAUGCCACUGAGCUAGGGGCAUCACCAGAAUAUAUCGCGCUAUUUGAGAGGAUACAGACAAACUAUACGAAAGAGCAGGUAAGUCGAAAAAUCAACAAUUAAUUAAGCUGUAAAAUUAUUUCCAGUUGCGCGAAAUGAACACUACCGGCUACACGGUGCUCCAGAAGCAUCAAAUCGAAAUGAUCUACGGCCCCGACUCACCUCAUGCCAACGCCACCGUGUACAAUCGCUUAAUGAAUAUGACCAAAGAAGAGAUCCACGAGCACUUGCGAAAGGACUUUGACUUGAUAGCCAAAAUGGACGACUUUCAAAUUGACCAAAGCCAAUUCGAACGGUCGCAGCACGUCUCUCAUUCCAGACGAAAGAAGCGACUUCUACCCGGAGUAAUCUUAUCACCUGUCAGUUUCACGCCGCUGAUUGCGAAUCCUCUAGUGGCUUCGCAGCCAUUCGUCCUGUCGCCCAUUAUUUUCACGCCUCUAAUUUUGUCCCCGUCAAUUUUCGGGCCAAUCGUCCUAUCGCCUUGGAUUUUCACUCCACUAAUUUUGUCACCUCGUAUUUUGGGAGUAAUUGUCUUAUCGCCAUUCAUGUUCAAUCCCCUUAUUCUAUCGCCAUUCGCGUUGAUUCCGGCAGUCUUGUCGCCAGGCCUUUUCACCCCCAUCAUCUUGUCGCCCCUCUUGAUGGUACCGUUUAUUUUGUCGCCUCAAGUUUUCACACCAAUCAUUCUAUCGCCUUUAUGUUUAUCGCCAAUUAUUCUCAAUCCCUUGGUGGGAUCGCCUCUUAUCCUGUCGCCGUUUGUGUUAUCUCCUGUUAUUGCGUCGCCCAUGGCGUUAGGUGCCCUAGUUCUUAGUCCCUACGCUCUAUCACCGGUCAUCUGGUCGCCCUUGAUUGUGUUUGCGGCCGUUCUCUCUCCCUCAUGGCUAAGUUGA